ACGAAAGCGGCGUCGGAGACAGGAGCACUUCGUAGAACGACCUAGCCAUCAGCAAUGCUCCUGCACGUUCUCUUGUCAACUGCAAUAGGUGCAUUCGCUCUUCUGCCGCUCGGCUUCGGCGAACACGCUGCGAGCACGAAUACCACCACGAGCGCUCCGAGAACCACUGCGAGAUCCACGCAUCGCGCGUGCCACUACGUUCCCAUCCAGAGCAUGAGAAAAUGCGCGCAGAACAACUCGUCGCCCUUCAUCGGCGAACGGUCUCUAUGCACCUUCGACCACGUCGUGGACGUGUCCCCCUACCGGGUUCCCGAGUCCAUUACCACCGUGCAGUGUCGAUGCAUGGGCGUGCCCUGCACACCCGAGCGAGGCUUCCGCUGCGUCCAAGUCUACCACCCGCUGAACGCGACGUACACCUUCCCUGACGGAACAACGAAGAAGAAACGCUACCUGGUUCCCAGUGAUUGCCGGUGCGCGUCAACGGAGACGAGCGCGUGGAACCUUUCUCACCAAGAGGAUCCACCCCCGCCUCAGAAGCAUAGUCCCCUUCAUUUGCUGGCACAGUGGGAGACUUUUGUGGUGAAGCAGUGAAGGAUGCGCCUUCGGGGAACAUUGAAGCGCAGCCAUCGCCGAUCAGGUAGCCAAACGAUGCUUCGACCAAACGAUGCUUCGAUUGGAGCCUCUUAAAAUGUGAGUGAAUAAAAAAAUGUUAUUGGCUGUAAUUCGAAUAAAAUGUGAAGCAGCUGCCAAAAAUUACUUACCGCUGACG